GACACCCCCCCGAAAAUGAGCCUGAUGGACAUCAACAAGAUGUUCUCCAUGCUGCAGCCCCGGGAGGACGAGCAGGAGGACGGCGGGGAGAGCGAGGAGCUGAUCCGGGCGGUGUCUGAGGACGACUGUGAGACGCUGGGCUGGCUGCUGUCCCAGGACAGGUACAGGCGGCUCAUCAACCGCCGGAGCGGCUGGGGGGUCCCCAGCACCCCCCUGCGCGUGGCGGCCGCGCGGGGCUGCGCGCGGAGCCUGCGGCUGCUGCUGGCCCACGGCGCCGAGGUGGACGGGCUGGACGUGAAGGCCCAGACCCCGCUGUUUGUGGCCGUCAGCAACGGCCAUGGCGAGUGCGUGGAGGCCCUGCUGGAGGCCGGGGCCAGUCCCGCGGGCAGCAUCUACAACAACUGCUCCCCGCUGCUCCUCGCGGCCAGGGACGGGCGCGUGGACAUCCUGCGGCAGCUGCUGCAGCGCGGAGCCGAGCCCAACGUGCAGGCCAGGCUGCCCUCCUGGGCGGCCAACUCGGUGUCCUGCUCUGGCCCCCUGUACCUGGCGGCCGCCUACGGCCACCUGGAGUGCUUCAGGCUGCUGCUCCUGCACGGCGCCGACCCCGACUACAACUGCAUGGACCAGGCGGUCAUCGCCCAGAUCAAGGAGCCCAAGACCCUGCUGGAGACGUGCCUGAGGCACGGCUGCCACAGCCAGUUCAUCAGGCUGCUCAUUGACUUUGGAGCCAACGUGUACCUGCCCAACGUGCCCGUGGACGGGCGAGCGCCGCGCAGUGAGGGGCUGGAGCUGCUGCUGCAGGCCAGAGCUCAUCCCAAGUCCCUGCUGUCCCAGUCCCGCCUGGCCAUGAGGCGAAUCCUGAAGGAGCCUGGCCACCUGCCCACCCUCAGACAGCUGGAGAUCCCCACAGUCCUGGCCAACUACCUGCAGCACCAGCCGUGA